AGCCUCUCGUGUUGUCGAUGGACGAAUUAUAUAAGCACAUGCUGCGUUCCACGGUUCAAGUAGAAAGCCCCUUUGUCCUUCAUUCUCUCCCUGAUCACACCAUGGCCAAAAGAAAGCUUAGUACCGUGCAGCUCCAACUGAUACUUAUCUCCAUGGCGCUUGCCACCGCCACCGCCACCGCCACCACGCACCUCCAGUUCUACGUGCACGACGUCGUGACGGCAACAGCAGGCAGCCCGGCAACGGCGGUGCAUGUGGCGAGGGCCAUGAGGCCGCUGCCAGGAGUCCCCAAUGUCCGCUUCGGCGACACGAUCGUGAUCGACGACCCACUGACAGAAGGGCCCGACGCGGCGUCACCGGCAGUGGGGCGCGUGCAGGGGUUCUACACCUUUGUGGAUCAGCACCAGCUGGCUGUGAUACUCUCCCUGAACAUAGUGUUCACGGCGGGGAUGCACAACGGCAGCUACCUCGUCGUCCAGGGAAAGGGCGCCUUCUUUGACGAGGUCACGGAGCUGGCGGUCAGUGGCGGAGCCGGCAGGUUCCGUGGAGCCAGCGGUUACGGUCUGCUCAGGACGCACUCCUUCGACUCCGGCACCAACAACGCCGUGGUCAAGAUCGAAAUACACCUGCAAAUGUUCCAGGGAUCAUGCGAAUUCACCUGUGAAUCGAACCUUGUUCCAGGGACAUGUGCUGCUCUAACUAGUAUGGACAUGGAAAGUUUGGAGAUGUAAUUAUCAAUAAUCAUGUAAUGUGUUUUAAUUUGUUUUAGGAUCACACUCUGCACAUGCCUCAUCAUUUAGCUCGUAUGAACAUGAGAGAGAGAGAGAGAGAGUGUGGUGGAUCAAGAAAACACUUUGUAUUACAACUCAUUUUCGAGUCAGACUGCAUCGUGAUUGGACAUA